AAUCAAAACAUCUGAAGUUGUCGUCUGCCUUUUACUACGCUUUGUUAUAUGAAUGAUGUAUCAGCCUACUACGCGAACGCGCGUGCUAUAUAAGGCGCGGGAAACCCAGCUUCAGUAAGUGACACGCGGAGAGGGUUAGAACGAGCAAUAUAUUGCUGAAAGUGAAACGACUCGUGGGAAAACAUCAUGGAUUCUUUAACCGUAGGAAUUCUAAGCUUUAUUUUAACAUUCAACGUGCUAUCUGCAUCCAGUGAUACAGACAUUAUGGAUAAGCGCAGACCCGGAUGGGGAAAACGAGAUGGUCAGUCGGAGGAGUCCACGAUUGAAGAGUUCGGAGAACCCGACAAACGUAGUCCUGGAUGGGGAAAACGGGAUUCCACAGAUUUCUUAGAUAAUUCUCUUGAUAAACGUCGCCCUGGAUGGGGCAAACGUAGUGACAUUUUGGACAGGAUCGCGAUGCUGAAAAGGAGACCCGGUUGGGGAAAAAGAACCGUAUCGGACUUUUCCGAUUUAGAUAAAAGAAGGCCAGGAUGGGGAAAAAGGGAUUCCGAAGGAAUCGACAUGGAAAUAAGGGCACCAGGAUGGGGGAAAAGGAACUCCAUUGAUGACAGAGAAUUUUCUCUAUAUGACAAAAGGCGACCAGGAUGGGGGAAACGUUCCGACAAUAUAGAGUUAGAAACACGAAGACCCGGAUGGGGAAAACGAGCACCCGGAUGGGGAAAAAGAUCCAUGGAUGUUUGUCUGUCUAUGAAGGAAAAAGCUGAAUAUUUAAUAAACUCCGCUAUUGAGAUUGAGACAGAAUACGCUUCACUCUGUGGAAUUCGUGAUUCAAGGUCAUGAAGACGUGAAGGCUGAUAUAUAUAUAUAUAUAUAUUUACAGACAUUGCUUCUUCCUGAAUGACGUUAUGUGUUAGACCUAUUUCGUCCACGGAGACCGACCUCGUUUUGGAUUUGGUGGAGUAAAGAUAAUCGCAGGCGUGUAAUAUUGGAAGCCUACUUAAAAUCCCUGAAAAUGAACUCAAAUACAAAUUAAGCUUUUUGAACUACGAUUGACGUCAAUAAACAUCUCAAAAUCACAAGAACUGAAUGUUGUUUUCUUAAAUUAACAUUUGCAGUUUAAAUGAUCACUCUACGCUUCUUGUUUGCUCCCUUUCAUAGUUCCUUUUAAAGUUAAGUGAUGAAAGGAAUGAACAAUGAGAUACGAAAGAACAUCUUAUGUGGCAUACUGUUAAAUUAAAAUGUUUGGUGUAUUAUCAAUAAAGCAGUUGAUGAGC